UUUCAGUGGGCGUGACCAUAAAGUUGACUGAAUCAAGAGCAAGGAGGACGGGAGGACAGAGCCUCACUCUUUCUCUCUCCCUUUCUUUCUCUAUCAAGAAAUCACGGGUUGGGAAGAGGUGAAGGAUGGGAUCAUUGGCGAAGAAGGGUUUGCAGCAGUACCUUUUACAACUUCAGCAUCACCCUUUGAGAACCAAGGCCAUUACAGCGGCUGUGUUGUCAGCUGUCAGUGACAUAGUUUCUCAAAAGCUAUCUGGUAUUCAGAAACUUCAACUGAAGCGUCUUCUUCUCAAAGUGCUUCUUGGAUUUGUUUAUCUUGGGCCCUUCGGACAUUUUCUGCAUAUACUACUGGAUAAGCUUUUUAAGGGGAAGAAAGAUUCAAAGACAGUGGCCAAGAAGGUGGUCCUCGAACAGUUGACUGCUUCACCUUGGAACAACUUUGUAUUUAUGGUCUACUAUGGGCUGGUUAUUGAGGGAAGAAACUGGUCCCAGGUGAAAACUAAGAUCAAGAAGGAUUAUCCUGCAGUGCAGUAUACAUCAUGGACGUUCUGGCCGGUGGUAGGAUGGGUCAAUCACCAGUAUGUACCACUCCAGUUGCGUGUCAUCUUCCAUAGUGUCAUUGCAUGUGCCUGGUAUAAUCCUUGUUUCCCUGUUUUCCCACUUCCUCCCAAACAUAUACACCUUCUUUCUAAUGGAAUAUUUUUGCAUUUCGUUUUUCAUAUUUUAGGGGAAUAUUUCUGAAUCUACAAGCAAGGUCGAUUGCAGCAAAGAAAGCCUAAGGGAACGAACCAAAGAUGACCCAUCUCAGACGAUCAAUGCUCCCCGGCUAGAACUACAUUCUAUGUGACACAAGACAAGACUAUAAUCUCUAAUAAGUCUGAAGUUUCUGUAUGGGUUAUUUACCUUUGACUUAAGGGAUUAGUGAACUUUAUGUGUGUGUAAUCUCGAUUAUAUUUGUGGGUCCAUGUUUAGUACGGGCAAAUCAGAUUGUAGUCAAACACAUUGCUUCCUGGUAAAGGCUACAGCCACAAUAUGGGGAUAGAAAGCUGUUGUUUUGUGUUGUGUUUA